CAUCAGCAUCAUACCCUUCCUGAAAAUUAAAGCAACGGCUCUGAUUGCAAACUGAUGAUAGCUUUGAUUCCAAUUCACGGACCCACCACCACAAGCACAAGCACAAGCACAAGCUCCUCCCUUGUUUCUCAGUUACAAAACCCUUUUUCUUUGUCUGGCAAUUUGUUUUUUACCCUUUCUUUUUUGGGGUUUUAUUAUAUUUUUCUGGGUGUUCAAAAACAUAGAAGAAGAAGAAGAUCUAAACAGCCUUUUUUUCGGGUUUUGAUGAGACUGUGUUAAAGAUCUGAGCGGCGGAAAAGGGUUGACAAAAAUGGUGGGAACGGCUAAUGGUAGUAGAACACCAGUUACACCACGACAAGCUUUUUCGGUCGUCAAUGGCGGACAAGAUCCGGGUACCCGGUCCGGACCCGGAAGCAUUGCUGGGUCGGAUUGUGGAGGGAUUGAGUUUACACGAGAAGAAGUUGAAGCAUUGUUGAAUAUGAAGAUCAGAACUAAAGAUAAAUUCAAUCUCAAGGAAAAAUGCGAGAUAAUGAUGGAGUAUAUAAAGAAGCUCAGGAUGUGUGUAAGAUGGUUUCAAGAAUUUGAAGGGGAGCUUUCAUUAGAGCAUGAAAAACUCAAAAAGAUGUUUGAAUCAGCAGAAAAGAAAUCCAACGAUAUGGAAAUGCUUAUGAACGCAAAGGAAGAAGAGCUAAACUCUAUAAUCAUGGAACUACAAACAAAUUACGCCACUUUACAAGAAAAAUUCACGAAAGAAGAAACCGACAAAUUGGCUGCAAUCCAAACAUUAAUGACGGAAAAAGACGCUAGAUUAUCAGCUGAGCGAUCACAAGCCUCCCUGACUGAAGAUCUUGAAAAAGCUCUUAGAGAGAGUUCAAGUGCAAAUCAAAAGAUAAUAUCACUCAACGACAUGUAUAAAAGGCUACAAGAAUACAACACAAGUUUACAACAAUACAACAGUAAGCUGCAAACAGAGCUUAAUCAAACCAGUGAAACACUUAAGAACGUUGAAAGAGAAAAGGCUGCUUUGACUGAAAAUUUAAGCAAUUUAAGAGGCUACCAUGAUGCGCAACAAGAACAGUUGACUAAUACCAAAGCGAGUUUAGAAGAGACAAUGAAGCUAAAAGAUGGAUUAGUGACAGAAGUUGGAUGUUUAAGAGGGGAUUUGCAACAAGUGAGAGAUGAUCGUGAUCGCCAGCUGGCAUUAGUUCAAGAUUUAACAGCUGAAGUGUUGCAAUAUAAAGAGUGCACUGGAAAAUCUGCGGCUGAAUUGGGUACAUUAACAUCAAGAUCGGUUGAGCUCGAGGCUACGUGCACUUUACAAAGUGAAACAAUAAGAAGAUUGCAAGAGGAACUCGCAACUGCUCAGAAAAGUUUGGAGAUAUCUGAUUUAUCAUCAGUGGAGACAAGAAUAGGAUAUGAAGAACAAAAAAAAGUUAAUUCAGAGUUACAAAUCCGUCUAGUGGAGGCAGAAUCGAAAGUUAUUGAAGGAGAAGCCUUACGGAAAAAAAUGCAUAAUACGAUACUGGAAUUAAAAGGAAACAUUCGAGUUUUCUGCAGGGUGCGACCCUUCUUGUCGGAUGAUGGUAUUGACAGUGUAACAAAGACUAUUUCUUUUCCAACAACAACUGAAGCUCUUGGUCGAGGCAUUGAAGUGGUUCAACAAGGGCAAACGCAUCCGUUCAUGUUUGACAAGGUGUUUACGCCUCAAUCGUCACAAGAGGAGGUGUUUGUAGAGAUAUCACAACUUGUACAAAGUGCACUUGAUGGUUAUAAGGUUUGCAUCUUUGCUUAUGGUCAAACCGGAUCCGGGAAAACACAUACAAUGAUGGGGACACCAGGAAGCUACGAUGAUAAAGGAUUAAUCCCCCGUUCAUUAGAACAAAUAUUUGAUGCUCGAGAAAAGCUUAAAGAACAAGGGUGGAAAUACGAAAUGCAGGUCUCGAUGUUGGAGAUAUACAACGAAACAAUCCGUGAUUUGUUAUCAUCAAACAAAUCUUGUUCCACGGAUAGUGGUAAUAAACAACAAUAUGCAAUCAAACAUGAUUCAAAUGGGAACACGAAUGUUGCGGAUUUGACGAUUGUGGAUGUUCGUAGUAGUAAAGAAGUCGCGUUUUUGUUAAAUCGCGCUGCACAAAGCAGGUCUGUGGGCAAGACUCAAAUGAACGAGCAGUCGUCAAGAAGCCAUUUUGUAUUCACCUUAAGGAUAUCGGGAGUUAAUGAGACCAUGGAGCAACAUGUACAAGGGGUUCUCAACCUUAUUGAUCUUGCGGGUAGUGAACGUCUUUCCAAGAGUGGAUCCACUGGGGAUCGUCUAAAAGAAACUCAGGCCAUCAACAAAAGUUUGUCAUCGUUGACUGAUGUAAUAUUUGCACUAGCUAAGAAGGAAGAACAUAUACCUUACAGGAAUUCAAAACUUACGUAUCUUCUUCAGCCUUGUUUAGGUGGCGAUUCAAAGACGUUAAUGGUGGUAAACGUGUCCCCGGCACCAUCCUCUGUUAAUGAGUCACUUUGUUCUCUUCGAUUUGCUGCAAGAGUGAAUGCGUGUGAGAUAAGCAUCCCUCGACGCCAAACUUCUAUGAGAUAUUUGGAGCCUCGACUAAGUUAUGGAUAAGUCUGUCUGUUGUUUGUAACUCUGUAUUGUUAACACUGGAUUUGAAUUGAACACGGGAUUCGUAAUUAUUAACCUAGAAUCGAAAUCCCGUUGUAAGUUUUAACAGUAUGCCUGUAGUAACGUGUAUAGGGGAAAAAGAUACAUGGCUUGUAACAGUGAAAGAUGGAUAGAUAGAUGUAUUGAAAGCACGAGAUUUGUACUUGUUGAUUUGAUAAAAAACUUGAUAGUCGGAGAUAUUGAUCGGUAA